AUGUCCUCUUCUGAUAUUGAUGACUUGCUGAAGUCGUUGACUCCUGGAAAACGCGCCAGUCGACGGUCUGUAUGGAAUCAAACCUUGUCCUUUGUCGAUAAUAUAAACAAAAAGCCACCUCCUGUUCAAAUGGCUGUUGGAGGAGGAGCUGGAUUGUGUGUCGGCUAUAUCUUCACUCGAACAAGCAAAGCUGCGGCGACGGCUCUUGGAUUAUCUCUCUUCGCAUUUCAGGUUGCCCUUUUAGCAUUUGCGUUAACCAUUUCGGAAUCAGGUAUGAUUCUUAGCGCGGAUGUACUAGAAGUCCUACAGAGCUACUUAAAGUGGGCUGUUAUUCCUGCUGCUUUAUACUCUGUCUAUAAAUUAUGCACGUAUUUAAUUCCUGGGCCACACCGUCAUCCUAAACUGUCAUUCAAGGACAAAACUGUUUUAAUAACCGGUGCGAGUUCAGGCCUGGGACGUGCGUUGGCGUUCGAACUGUAUAGAAGAGGUGCUAAAGUAAUUGUCACAGCACGAAGCAUUGACAAAUUGAAGGGAUUGUGUGAGGAACUUAAGCGGAGCGGUAUUGAGAAUCCUCAUGAACCAUCUUACAGCUAUCUUGAUGUGAGCGAACCAAUGGAUGUGGAGGCCCUCAAAAAUUUAGCUAUUGAUGGGAAGACCAUUCACGUCUUAAUUAACAAUGCUGGACUUUCGAUGCGUGGAUCAAUAAAUGACACACCUAUCAGCAUUUACAAGCAGCUAAUGGAUGUGAACUUCUUCGGACAUGUUGUUAUUACUCAAAAACUCCUUAAUUCAAUUCCUGAUGAUGGAUGUAUAAUUGCAACGAGCAGCGUUCAAGGGAAACUACCCAUCCCAUAUAGAAGCGCUUAUGGGGCGAGUAAACAUGCCUUUCAGGCUUUCUUUGAUACUCUCCGUUGCGAAUCUCGCCCUAAUAUGCAUAUUCUUACUGUAUCUGCUGGUUAUAUGAACACAGGUUUCGGGAAGCGUGCCUUAGAUACGCAAGGUCAUGCUGUGGGUAAGGAGGACGAGAAACAGUUAAAGGGCUUGUCACCGGAAGAAGCAGCCAACAUCAUCCUACGAGCGGCAUCCGCUCGCGAAACAGAUCUCGUAUGCAAUUACCGUGGAUACAUCAAACUGAAUCGUUCGAAGUUCGAGAGGGAUCUCAGAGAAUUGAAAGAAGGGCUUGAACGGAACUUGCUUGGGGAGUCGUCUCGUCCCGUUAUACCGGACGAAAAGGAGGUGAGCAACUUUUUGCGCUCUAACGCUUGGCUACUUGGUGGAUUCGCUGCUGGAUGGCUGCUAGGCUUUGGACUGGCUUGA